UCCUCGCGUACUUCCGGUUUUAACCGGAAAUGUCUGAAUGGUGAUAAACAUGAAGCGGGUGACUCGAUAUGCCUGUGAGGAUGCGCCCAUCCCUGAAGAACAGGAAACCGAAGGCCAGAGGCAACUACACAAUCUACUACUACAGCAACUAGACACAGAUGUAGAUAUUGAGAGGUGUGUAGCCAAGAAGAAAUGCUUUGCCCCAUCAGCCGUAUACAAGCCUUUUGGGGAGCAGGCAGCUGGUGUGAGGAGUCUGUCACAGUUUCAAGCCCUGAAGGAUGGGGAUCAGGAGCUGGCCACUCUUCGAGACCUGGGCCUUACUGAUGCAGAAAUCGAGCUAUGGAGAUCCAGAGACCUGCCAGAGAGUUUGUGGAAGGAAAAAGGGGUUUGUGUGGCACCCGAUGCGAGGAAUCAGCGUCUGCAGGCCAUCCGGGAUAAAAUGGCAGCGCACGCAGAGCUGCUGUCCCGACCCCAGCGUUUCUCGGGUAGCCGCCCGCUCUCCCGCAGGGAAAUGGAGAUAGAAAAGGCACUUUUUCAGGGCAGCGACCGCAGCAGUUUUCUCACGGCCCUUUACCAUCAAGAGGAAGAUUCACAGGCCAGCCAGCAGGGGGCGACAUCCACCAACGCAAUGGACGUUUUCUAUGAAGACUUUCUUAAAAAUAACAACAAAAACUCUGAUAUUUCACAAAGACCAAAAACAAGCACUGAAGAGACAGAUCAGUCCUGCUCUGAUUCGAGCCAAUCACAAGCUUCACACAAUGAUGAACACACAAGUUCAGUGUCGGACAUUGUUAACCAGCCACAGCCCAGAGUUGCACCUAGGAAAAUUACUAUCGGCCAGUCCAUUGGUACAUUAAAACCUACUUUUGUCCAAGGAUAUGAUGGACCAGUUACUAUCAGUGGAGAAAUAGAGGAAAUUUCAGAGGAAGAGAUCAAGGGCAAUCGGGAAACGGAAGACGGUAUACGGAAUAUUAGACGUUUCAAGAACUAUCAGAAAGGGACGCCAUCGAAUGUGCUGUGUGUGAAGAACAUGAGUCCGCGGGCAUCAUUGGCCCAGCUGGUUUCUCUCUUCUCACGGUUUCAGAAAGAUGACACACAGCCCAUUCUGUACCGCCUACUGACCGGCCGACUCAAGGGACAAGCUUUCAUUACGCUCUCCGAUGUUGAAAGUGCGCAAGCAGCUCUUGAUCUGCUAAAUGGAUACAUGAUGCUUGAUAAACCUCUGGUCAUUGAGUUUGGCAGGAAGAAAAAUGAAGAGACCAAAGCAGGCACUGAUGGAUCUGUAGAUGACGACACCACAUCAACACAAAAUGACGCACAAUCUUGCAAUAAGAAACCUGUACAAUGCUGUUCAUUUUUUUAUGACAAAAAAUGACAUUUUUAUGAACUAUUUAUUUGGAAAUAAUAAUAUUGUAAAUGUUACUGUGUAACCAAACUUCUUAAAGGGAUAGUUUACCCAAAAAUGAAAAUUCUGUCAUUAUUACUCACUCUAAUGUUGUUACAAACCUAUAUACAUUAAUUUGUUCUGAUGAACACAAAUGUAGAUAUUUUUCUUUUUUCCUACUAUAGAAGUCAAUGGGGCUCACACAUGGUUUUGUUACAAACAUUCCUCAAAAUAUUUUCAUUUGUGUUUAUAAGAACAAAGAAAUGUAUGUAACAACACGAAAGUGAGUAAAUUAUGACAGAAUUUUCAUUUUUGGGUGAACUAUCCCUUUAAAAAAAAAUGUUAUACUUCUAUAGACCACAAGGUGUCACCCAUUCCCCAUUAAAUAUACUGUGUUUUUAGCUUUUA